AUGGCCAAGUUGCGCAGUGGCAAGGGCGACGCCCCUCCUGCUCCAACUCCAUGUGCUCCAACUCCACCUGUUCAAACUUCAUGCCGUCUGAUGGAGUUCCUCGACCGGGAGGAGCUGGUCGCCACGAGUCGUCUGGACGAGUUCCGGCGCUUCUUUGACCUGCAGGUUCAAUUCUGGGAUGCGUUUCGCCUCUCGCUAAAGGCCUGGGUCUCCUCAUUCUCUAGCUGGGCCAGCAUCCUCAACAUGGAGAGUGAACGUCGAAAGAUUGCCGAAACCUUCCUCGAGGAAAACGGACCCAAGCUCUGGGGCAGUGACGAAACCCGCAAAAAGUACCUGAUGGAAGAAAGUAUCGAGUCCCGCGAUGUGUGCCUGUGGCCGGAGCACAGAGAGGCCAUGACUCGAGGAUUGAUGCUGCUCCUGGAAAAAACCGCCAAGCUUACAAAGGAGAGAAGGUCUGAUUCCUCUCUGUCGACAAUGCCCAACCUGUCGAGUCUGACGUCUCCGCUCACUCCUACGCCUUCCAGACUGACUGAGCACGACAACGUGCUCCUCCAGCCCCAGACACCGGACAAUCGCUCUCCUGCUGGGGCGUUGUCUCUCCGUCCGGCUCUUCCCACCCCUACUCCAGUGAAUACCACUCUGAGUCAGAUCAACGUUGCCAGCAUUGAGAAUGAAGGGGUUUUCAUGGCCGGAACCUCGUGUCUGGUCCGCGAGGAUGGGGUGGCCGACCGACCGAGUGUCUGCGUCGCCUUCCAGCACUUUGUGACGUCGGGGCACUUUUUGGGUGUCAUGGCCGAGAGCUGCGGACUGCCUCCCACUAGUGAUCCUAGCGCCCUCCAGCUUCAGCGGGAAUCUCCCGGGGUGUAUCGUCGUGUGGUGUCGGCUAUGGCCUGGCCCAGGUGGACGACUACCUCGUUCCCCAUCCGAUUGGGAUACGAUGGAGAUAUCCGGGCGCUGGCGAAAAAAGUGCACUAUGCCUGGCAGGCUAAGUCGCGGGGGGAGUUUCACUGCUUCGAGUUUGAGAUUGAGGUUGUGCUGGUGGUGGAGGAGGGUUGA